AAGUGUCUCGGGCGCACAACACACAAUACACACGAGCUGCCGACUCGCAAAUAUUUAACGCGCGUUAUCAUCGAAAUCGAUAUAUAUGUAUAUACGUAAUGAAGAGUAAUAUAGAAACACUUGGUCAUCACGCCACCGACACGGUCCCGACCGGCCGAUUGUGAGGCGUAUUUUAUCGCGCGACGCAUACACAUACAACACAAGAAUAAUGAUACACAAACACAGCGAGGCAGAGUAUAGCGAGCAGACCUCGCUUGCGAAUGUCUCGGCCGCGCUUCCUCGUUUCUCCUUCUUCUCCUCCUUCUCCUCCCUCGAUAAUUUAAAGCGCAGCGAAGAGCUUUACAUGCUUACUCGCGCGCAUUCGGUUCUCCGUGUGCGGCGUCGAGACGAGCAUAUCACAACAGUCUGCAACGCCGAGGCGGACGGUGCUGCGCGAGCCAUAAUAAAAUCCACGCCCUUCUCCUAUCAACAGUCUCUCAGUCGCGGCUGCGGUACCGACAACAGCAUCGAAGACGACGACGACGAGCCAAAGAGCGGAGUGACUCGCUCACGUACGCACCGCCGCCGCCGACAGUUCACAGCCGAUCUCAACCGGCCCAAGAUCUUCUCCGUAUCUCAGCUCAGAACACAACUCCUGCAAAAAUGGUAUUCCUGGUGCGUCGCGUGAGCGUCAGCCUGCUGAAGGCGGCCUCGGUGUCCGUGCGAGCUCUGUCCACCAAAGUCCAGCUGAAGGAGGACAGCAGUCCCGGGAAGGAGAUCGUCCUGAAGUACCUGGACGGCAAGGACAACGGAAUCGCGGUUCUCGGCCUCAACCGACCCGAGGCUCGCAACGCCUUCGGCAAGAACCUCGUGAGUCAGCUGUCGGACGCCGUGUCGACGAUCGAGCAGGACAAGAAAGUCCGCGUGCUGAUUCUGCGCAGCCUUGUGCCCAAGGUCUUCUGCGCCGGAGCUGAUCUGCGAGAGCGCAGCAAGAUGGAGCCCCAGGAGGUGGCUAAUUUCGUCAGCUCGCUGAGGGACCUCAUGCGCGAUCUCGAGGCCCUCUCGGCCCCCGUCAUCUCGGCUCUCGACGGAGUGGCUCUUGGAGGCGGACUGGAGAUGGCUCUGGCCAGUGACAUCAGGACAGCCUCGGUCGAGGCGAAGAUGGGCCUCGUCGAGACGAAGCUGGCUAUCAUUCCCGGAGCCGGUGGUACCCAGAGACUGCCCAGGAUCGUCGGACCCGCUUUAGCCAAAGAGCUCAUCUACACCGCGAGAAUUUUGGACGGCAUCGAGGCGCACAAAAUCGGUCUGGUGAACCGCGUCGUGGCGCAGAACAAGGAGGGAGACGCCGCCUAUCAGGCCGCUCUUCACAUCGCCAGAGAGAUCCUGCCGAAUGGGCCGAUCGGUGUCAAACUGGCCAAGGUGGCGAUUUCAAAGGGUAUCGAAGUAUCGAUAGAUGACGGCUUUGAGAUCGAGAAACAAUGCUACGCUCAGCUUUUGGAUACGGAAGACAGGAUCGAAGGCUUGGCAGCUUUCGCCUCGAAACGUGUACCCGUUUACCGAGGGCUGUGAGUUUGACUGUUCGAAAUGCGUAUCCACGCGUUCAUUUUGUACAUUAUUUUCGUAACUGUUAAGUUUUUGAUUACCAUUAGAAUUUACACAAAAGAUAAUUAAACUAAUUACAAGCCUGACACAGUAACCUUAACGCGGUGAAUGGGUGCAUUGUAAAAUUUGCGAUAGCGAAGGUGCCAAACGAAUUCAUUUUUUUUUUAUAUAUAUAUAUGACUGGCAUUUUCAUAGAAAUAAGAGGAACGAUACUUUUAUACACAUGCCUCGUGAAUUGAAUAGUUUGAUAUAUAAUAACGUCUAAGAAAAUAUGUUAUGUACAUGAUAUAAUUGUUUAUUCAAAGUUAAAUUCUUAUAUUAAAAGAAAAUAAUACUUGAA